AUGAACGGACGCCGGCCUCCCUUUCGGCCGGGCGGCCGCGGUGAUGGCGGCCGACGCCCUCCACCGCCGCCAGGAUUUCAGCCGUUGCAAGGCCCUCCUAUGAGUAUCGAUCCUAAUUUCAACAUGCACUUGCAGAAUAUGUAUCUCCAAAGCAUCGCCAAUCCUCUUCACCUGAACUUCCAGCUCCAACAGAGCGUCGUCCUUCCUCCCCCUCAAAACCCUAACUUCCGAGCUCAGAAUCCUAAUUUUCCGGUUCGUAAUUUUGGUUUGCCCAUUCAGCAUCCGAGUAUGCUCCCUCAUCAGCCACUCCCUAGCAGCUCAGCAACCCAGCAGCCGCGUAGCUCGCCCGCAUUUCCGUCAAUGACACCGCCGUUAUACCCCAGCGGUUCAGUUGAGCAGAGGUAUGGAGACUCAACCAGGGAACAGCCGUCGAUGAAUAAACCUCCAACGGUCACUUUUAAGACCCAGCCCUUUGCAAUUAAACAUGAUAACCUAAGCAAGAAGAAGUUUCUCGACAAAAUUGACCGGGCAGCGGAUAAGGCGAGGCAAGACCUUAUCGCUGCCGGGGAGAGCGUUACUUCCUGGAAGGUUUCCCAGAAUGUACUGCUGGCAUUGCAGGUUGAUUCAUGGCAAUCUUUAGGGUUCAGGAUGCAGGAGAUACGGUCUCUGCACCGGCUUAUUCUCACUGAAGGGAAGGUAAGCGCAUUCAUCCAUUGCUUUGUUGCAGUCUGGAGGGUGACAUCAUUGUAUGACCUAGAAUUGGCACUGUGCCAGAAUGAGGGUGUUGAGCAGUUUGAAGAUCUUGAUUUGGGCCCUCUGUUGCAGCAUCCUCUUGUCUUGCACUAUUUUUUUGUCAAUUCUAAUGUCACUGGAGUGUUCAAGAUAACUAAGGAGGACAUAAUUGCUGACCUUCAUGAGUUCAUGCAUUCCCAUGGAAAGAAACAAAUUAACGUUGAUGAAUUUCUAGAUUUUGUCGCUGAGAAGCGAUCUAUUAUGGAAAAAGAAAAGCUUGGAGUCCGUAUUCAGAACUUGGGGAUGUAUAUUUCUUUUAUCCGGGAUGCCAAGAGGUCUGAAGAUGAGACAUUGAAGGGAUGGAAAAUAGAUUUUGCAAGGAACUCUGAUAGUAAAAGUAGAAAGCAGCCUCCUCCUAUCAACCAUAAAGACUUGGAUGAGCGUUUUUCCUCUAUAUGUGAGCGGAUUGAAACAUUUUCAUCUGCACAAAAUCUGUUCCGUGGGAAGCACAUUCGCUUUGGCUCAUCAAGCUCCGAGGAUGAAGAAAGUGAUAGUGGUUCAGGUAAAGAUGAAAUGACGCCAAAUAGGCACAACACUGACAUGAAGAUACAACUUCAAGAUUUCAGUGGCUCCAUUCAUAAGAAUAGUUGCCCUUAUCCAUCUGCAACUGAAGAGAGGUCGCGACUGGGGUUGAAAGAUGAUGCUGGUCCGCUGUCUUCUCAUGACGGCGAGAGAAAACACAGUGGGCUGGGAAAUAAAAGAAAACUCAUGAUGGAAAAAGGCACUGUGUCUGCACCUUCCAAAUUUCGUAAAGUUGACAAGGUAAAACAAAACGAUAUUGCGGAUUCUAGUACGCCGGAUGAAGAUUCUGCUCUAUUAUCUGAUAGCUCCAUGAAAAAUUUCAUUGCAACAUGGAAGGGUGACUGUAAGGAGCACACCUUAGUCAAGGUUCUUGAAAAGAUGUUUGAGUUCUAUGUUCCAGAAAAUUGCAGGGAAGAAGUCAAGUCGACAAUUUUGUGUCAGCCUUUCAUUGGAUUGCUGAAUGUUGCUAUAUCAUCUAUGAAACUUGGAAUGUGGGAUAGCAUUUAUGACACUUUUGAAGGAAUUACUCAACCAGAGAUGCAGGGACUUGUAAGCAUUAAUGUUGAAGCAGAAGAGCACAUAUGUAUUGACGUUGAAGUAGAAGGAAAUCACGCACUUGAGCAGAAUCAGCAAACCACAAAAACAGGUGUGUCGGUCCAAGACAUUGUUGCAAAAAUAUCUAAUUACUGCGAGCUUGAUCAUGAGUUCUGGAACACCAGCAAGUCAAACUUGGAAAAUAUAUUUAUCCUUCUGCAAAAGCUUUGCUGUUGUGAGCGUUGGUUGGUUGAUCAGUUUGGCAUUAAAGAAUUCGACACCCUCGGCCAUGGUGAGUUCAUUGUUUUCUUGGAGAACCAUAUAUCCCUUUUACCAGCUGAGUUCCGGAAUCUUUUGGUUCGUGAACUAUGUGGAGGCCCUUCACUGGAAGUUCGCAUUCUCCAGGAUCAGUUUAUUCUGUUAGUUGCACAAGCUUAUAAUAAUUUGUGGGAGAAUGAAACCAUUACGAAACAGAUGAUUACUGCAAUGCUUUCAAGGCAAUUUCCGUCGCUCAGUGCCAAUGUUACUGGCGACUGUUCUAGUGAACGUUUUCUAGGCAUUGUGGAGAAACAUAAGAGCAACGCUAUUUCCAAGAGCAUCUUGUUUUCUGCAACAUUGUUGGGAACAGAUCAUAUUGGUGAUCAGUUGGGUCACAAUGAAAGUGACAGAUUAUCAACCCGUGGCCGUAAGGAGAUAUCCUUUUUGUCUGUAACAUCCAAGGCUGCUGUUGACGUUCUACUUCAAGCUCCCAUGUUAUCUGAUUUAAAUUUGUGGUCUCAAUGGGGCCUGAAGUUUGCUCCAUCUCUCGGCCCUCUCCAAGAAUUUUUGGCCAGUGAAGUAAAUACCAGAGAACUGAUAUGUCUUGUCACAAAAGAUGGAAAGGUGAUUAAACUGCAUCAUUCUGCUACAGCAGAUGCAUUCUUGGAAGCUGCUCUCAAGGGAUCUCCUUUCCAGACUGCCUUGGAACUUCUAUCUUUCUUCUCACUGACCGGUGGCGAGAAGCAUGUUCCUAUGUCCCUUCUCAAAUCCUAUGCGUGCGAUGCAUUUGGUGUCAUUCUGAAUGAUGCGUCAGACAGUGUGGACGUUCAGGGAUAUGCAACUAACCAAGCGAUUGCCACGACUGGAUUGAAGGAUCUUCACUUUCCACUUUCUGUUGCUUCAAGGUUUUUCCUUGACUGCAUUGGUUACGUGCCUGCAGAGUUCCGUGGUUUUGUAGCUGACGUCUUACUUGCUGGGAUGCAGUCUGUAACUUCUGAUGCCUCAUCAGUUAUUUUGCUUGAAUGCAAAGGGGCAGAGCGUCUCAUGCUUCAUGAAAUAGGACUGUCCAUUGACAUAGCAGAAUGGAUAAAAGAUUACCAUGCAUUUACUGCUGAUUCCAGUUACUCAUCCAAAUUCUCUGGACUAUUAUGUAUGGACGUUGUCAUGCCUGAGCUGAGGACAGUACAUAAGCACAACCAAAAUGAAACUGAUGAAAGACCACUUGCUUCUUCUGGGGAUUUCUCAUGUGGUAAGGGAGUUACUGAUGGCAGUCUUGCUGUUGGUGAUGCAGUAGUCUCUAGUCACACAGGUUGGUCCGUACUAGAUAAUGAUGAUAAGGAGAAAGAUGCUGCAUCCGUUAUUGACUGUAUUAGGAGAGAUGAGUUCGGUCUAGAUCCAAAUCUUUCAAGCAUAGAGAGUGACAUGUUGAGAAAACAGCAUGCCCGCUUAGGAAGAGCACUUCACUGCCUAUCACAGGAACUGUAUUCCCAAGACUCCCAUUUUCUUCUUGAGCUGGUUCAAAAUGCUGACGAUAAUACUUACCCUGACAACAUGGAACCAACCCUUGUGUUCAUCCUUCAGGAAUCGGGUAUUGUUGUCUUGAACAACGAGCGUGGCUUUUCUGCUCAAAACAUCAGAGCACUAUGUGAUGUCGGUAAUUCAACCAAGAAAGUAUCUGGUGCUGGCUACAUAGGGCAAAAGGGGAUUGGCUUCAAGUCAGUAUUUCGGGUUACUGAUGCGCCUGAGAUCCAUUCCAAUGGUUUCCAUGUUAAAUUUGAUAUAAGUGGUGGACAAAUAGGCUUUGUUUUACCUACAAUCGUGCCUCCUUGCAAUGUUGAUUUCUAUAGCAGGCUAGUUUCUGGAGGCAGUGAACGCUGGAACACUUGUAUCAUGCUUCCUUUUCGGUCAAAAGUAUCUGAAGAAACCACUAUGAGAAUGUUUUUGGAUCUUCAUCCUUCCUUACUACUCUUUCUUCACCGCCUCCAGUGCAUCACAUUCUGUAACAUGCUCAACGACUCACUUGUCAUUAUGAGGAAAGAAAUCGUGGGAGAUGGUAUAGUAAAUGUUACAUGGGGAGGAGAUAAAAUGACCUGGCUCGUAGCAUCUCUGAAGCUGCAGGCUCAUUCCAGCCGACCUAAAGUACAGGCAACUGAAAUUUCUGUAGCAUUUACUCUCAAAGAGUCGGGCAAUAGGGACUAUACCCCUUGUUUGGAUCAACAGCCAGUUUUUGCUUUUCUCCCCUUAAGAGGCUACGGACUGAAAUUUAUUCUCCAAGGUGAUUUUAUUCUCACUUCGUCUAGAGAGGAAGUGGAUAGGAACAAUCCUUGGAACGAGUGGUUAUUGGCAAGCUUCCCUGCAUUAUUUGUCUCUGCAGAGAAAUCAUGUUGUUCCCUCUCUUGUUUUAGAGAGAAACCAGGCAAAGCUGUGACUGCUUAUAUGCGUUUUGUUCCACUUGUUGGAGAGGUGCAUGGGUUCUUUUCAGGGCUCCCUAGGGCGAUAGCUCUGGAGUUAAGGAGGACACCCUGCCUGUUCCUUGAGGGAGACAAGUCAAAGAUGGUUUUGCCUGGCAAAGUUCUCAGAGGUUGGAAUGAAGAAGCUCGCAUUCUUCUACCCGAGGUUUUGCUGCAAGAGCACCUUGGCCUUGGAUUCUUAGACCAGAACAUAGAAUUAUCUGACUCGCUUGCAAGUGCUUUGGGUAUUAUCGAAUAUGGACCUGAACUUCUGAUUAGAUUCCUGACGUGCUUAUGCCGAACAGUAAAGGGACUGCAGUCCAUGGGCGUGGGGUGGUUCUCCUUGCUGGUAGAUGCUUUCUAUCAAAUGCUACCGAAUUCUUUUCCGGGAGAUGGUCUUUUGGACAGCCUUCGGACUCUUCCGUUUAUUCCUCUGUCAGAUGGUACAUACAGCUGCAGUGACACAGGCACUAUAUGGUUGCAUUCUGAUGUUUUGAGUGCAGGCCAUGGGUUUGAGGCUUUUCCAAAGUUGUAUGCUGAGCUUCGGAUUGUAAAUCCUGGUGUCCUUUCAGCAUCAGCUGCUGAUGGAGCUUCUUCACAGAACAUUGUGAGAAUGCUUCAAAAACUUGGUGUCCAACCGUUGUCUGCCCAUGAAAUCGUGAAGGUGCAUAUUAUGAAUGCUAUGUCUGAUUUAAGUAGGGAUAGACACUCAAUGAUAGACUAUCUUUGUUUUGUGAUGAUCCACAUGCAAUCAAACUGCCCUAUAUGUCAUGGUGAAAGGAAGUCAAUUAUGUCUGAUUUGAGGAGUAAGGCAUAUCUUCUGACAAAUAACGGAUAUAAACGGCCAGGUGACAACCCAAUUCAUUUUAGUAGAGAGUUCGGAAAUCCUAUUGAUGGAACAAAAUUUAUUACUGUUCCGGGGAUGGAAUGGCAUGAAGUUGAUGUUGCCUAUUUGACCCAUCCUUCAAAUGGGUCACUUUCUGAGGCGCUUACAAAAUGGAGGGAGUUUCUCAUGGAGGUUGGGAUUACAGACUUUGUUCAAGUUAGUCAAACAGAAAGGAAAGUCACUGAUUUAUCUAGUGCAACAGUUAACGAAUUGAUGUGGGAUAUGAAGCUGAUCUCUCCAGAGUCUAUUGCCAAAGAUUGGGAAUCAAAGGAACUGGUGCAGCUACUGUUUCUUUUGUCAACCAAUGGUGAUGCACAGUGCUGUGAAUAUUUCCUAGAGGUUCUUGAUAAACUAUGGGAUGAUAACUUCAGUGAUAAAGUAAUUGGUUACUGCAAUGGUAACCCUGGUGAUGUUUCUAGACCUUUCAAGUCUUCCUUUAUAAGCAGCCUCCAUGAUGCUCGGUGGGUUGUCUCAAGCAUGGAUAAUAAGCUUCACUACCCUAAGGAUAUCUUCUGUGAUUGUGAUGCUGUACGGUCAAUUUUGGGCCCAUUUGCGCCAUAUGCUAUUCCAAAGGUAAAAAGUAGUACGUUACUGGCAGAUAUUGGCUUUAAGACCAAAGUCGCUCUGGAUGAUGCAUUGGAAGCUGUAGCAGUAUGGAGAAGACUAAAUACCCCUUUCAAGGCCAGCAUAGCACAAAUGUCCCGGUUCUACGAAUUUCUCUCUGAAGAAAUGGCCAUCUCUAAGAAGAAUAUUCAAGAGACAUUUGGCUCUGAGCCCUUUAUUUUCGUUCCCUCCAAAACUGCAUUAAGGAAUGGCAAUCUGGUGUCAGGUGCCUUUUUACGUCCCGAAGACGUUUAUUGGGAUGAUCCAACAGGCUCAUUUCACGAAAUGAAGCUCCACCAUCAACGGAGCUCAACGUUGCUGACUCAUGAUCUGUUGAAUAAGGAGCUAUGUAAUGUUUAUCCAGGCUUUCAUGACUUUUUUGUCAGCCAGAGUGGUGUAUGUGAAAACCCUUCUCUGCGUGGCUAUCUUGAUAUCUUGAGGCAAUUAUCAACUCUUGCCCCACCUUCUGAAGUUGCUAGUGCAGUUUUUAAAGUCUUCUCGAAGUGGAACAGUGAAUUGAAAUCUGGUUUAUUAAGCUCUGAGGAUUUGGAUCACUUGAAAGAAUGUCUCGUGAAACUUGAAUAUGCUAUACUACCUACUGCACCGGAUAAGUGGAUGUCCUUGCAUCCUUCUUUUGGUUUUGUGUGCUGGUGUGAUAAUACAGAGCUUAGCAGAGACUUCAAACAUCUGGACAAUAUCAAUUUCUUGUACUUUGAUACCCUGAAGGACAACGACCAGGAGAUACUUCGUGAUCAAGUCUCUCAACUCUGUAAAGAAUUGGGGAUACUUGCUCUCUCAGAGGUAGUAACUCGCGAGGCAAUAUACUACAGUCCAUCAGACUCUAACUUCAAAGCUUCUCUGGUUGAUUGGGCCCUUCCUUAUGCUCAGCGCUACAUGCAUAGCAUCCACGCCACGAAAUAUGCCCACCUCAAGCAAAUUGGUUUUGAAACUGUAAAGAGGCUACAAAUCGUUGUGGUUGAGAAGCUAUUUUACAGAAAUGUCAUAAGAAGUAGUGGCAAAUCAUCUCGGAGCCGAUAUGAGUGCAGUUGUCUUGUACAGGAUGAAACCCUGUACUCCACAGCAGCAACAGAUCCACAUGAAUUAUUCCUGGAGCUUUCUCGUUUAUUCUUCAAUGGAACUCCAGACCUACACUUGGCAAAUUUUCUUCACAUGGUCGUUACCAUGGCUGAAUCUGGCUCUACAGAGGAGCAAACAGAGUUUUUCAUCAUGAACAGUCAGAAGAUACCUAAGCUGCCUGAUGAAGAAGUUCCCUGGUCACUAUCCUCUGCUCCUGCUUCAAUAGGAAGCGGAGAAUCCCUGACAACAGAUACUGUUUCCAUGUCAACGGAUGUUAGGGAGAAAUGCUUGGUACCGGGUGAGGUUUCAGCAAUAGAAACUGGAUCAAAAUCAUCGAAAUACCAGAUGGAACCUGGAUUCAGAUUGAACUGGCCUCCUACAGGUUGGAAAACUGCACCUCGUUUUCAUCCUCAUGACUUUGAAAUUCACGCGUCUACGUCUAAUGGUUUAGGAAAGGAUCCGCUUGAUAAUGACGCGACACAGAUGGAAGGUGUAAAUAAUGAGGAUCCUGGAACAUUGACUUACCCUGUCUGCAAACCGACUGACAAUCAUAUUGACAUUGCUCGUGAAAAAACCUGUUCUGUAGGGACAGUUUAUCCUACAGGUUUUAACAUCAUGCCUAAUCGCCCUGAGCCAUUGAUGUCACUUGGAUUUUCCCAGAGAGAGAAGUUUAAUAUAACUGCAGGCGGUGAUGAUGAGCGUGCAGCAGCAAGUGGUAGAUUGGGUGAGGAGCUUGCUUUCAGAUACUUGAAAGGAAUAUACGGGGAAGAAGCUGUGAGGUGGGUCAAUGAACAUAGCGAGACCAGGUUACCCUAUGAUAUACUAACCAUCGGCAAGGAGCACAGUGGACAGUAUUUUGAAGUGAAAGCCACACAGUCUGCGCAUAAAGACUGGUUUUUCAUAUCAGCAUUUGAAUGGCAAUUCGCAGCUGAGAAAGGUGAUGCUUAUACCAUUGUUCAUGUGAGGAAUCACAACGCAGAGAUUAGUUUGUUCAGGAAUCCGGUGAAACUAUGCCAGCAGCGAAAUCUCCAGUUGAUUGUUGUGAUGCCAAGUGCCAACCCAAUAGCCUUAGGUGGGACUUUCCCCCCACAUCUUAUGAACUGA